AUGGGUACCAAGAGGAAACGAUCGAAGCAAAAGACCCAUCAACUCAACCAAGUCUGGCCUGACGGUGUGGUCGAUGAACUCCUGAGUUUCUUGAAUUCUCAGGUGGCCUUGCUGGAAAUCGGUACAGAAUCACUGAAACAAGUUGAGUUGGAAUCCCUCGACCAAGAUGUAGCGCGACAUCUUAAUCACAGGAGCGAUGACGGAGAGCAAACGCUGGAGCAGUGUCACAACUACUCCCCAAAGCAAAUCCGAAGAAAGCUGUCUCGACUGUUCCAUGCAAGGAGAAGAUCCGAGACCGAUAGCGAUAACUGGACCGUCAUCUAUACAAAAGGAUUCGCCUGCUUGGACUGGGCGGACGACAGCGAACGCCUGAUCCGAAUGGCCCGGAGAGCGAAGGAGAUCAAGCACAAAUGGAAAUGGGACUUCUUGCACUCACCCCGGAGGACAAGAGCUGGAAGCCGGUCCCGCUCCGUUGCUCCGGACGCAAGAGAGAAGAGUGUUGAUGUAGCUUCAGCGUCCACCAGUGUCGCCAAGCACACACGAGCAUCCAGGCCGCCCCAAAAGCACCCUUUGAGGCAGAGCAUUGAGGCCAAGGAUCGUCAGGAGGUAAAGUUGUCUGCUUUUUGCAAAGACCUGCCAACGUGGCUGACCUCCCAGGUGUCUGACACCGAGUCCGCGAGGACAGAGAACGACGAAAACGUCGCUGACCCUACGGUGAACAUGAUUCGGGAGAGAGACAGCUCACGGAAUAUUGCACAGGUCCAGCUGCCCCCGAUUAGGAAACGAAGGCUUCGUUCCCAACAGCUGGCGGAUUCAGAGACCGAAGCUCCGAACACACCCCUUGGCAAAUCGUGCCCCUCGAAAAGCAGAAUUCGUAAAUGCGUCGCUGAAUCAGGACAGUCUCCAGCAACUUUGCAUCUGGAAGAUCGCCUACAAGCUGUUCAACAAGAGCUCAGGGCAGUCAGAAGGGAUUCAGGUCGAGAAAUAAAAUUCUGGAAAGACGAGUACCGCAAAGCGCAAACAGAUCGGACGGGGCUGCGGAAGGCCAACGUUGCCUUAGUAGCGGGGAUAAAUGCCACUCGCAGCUUGGAAGGAGGCAAGGUGUCGGGCCAUGAUAUUGUAGAGCGGGAGGCUCUCCUGGACGAUCUCCUCCUCGAACGCGACUCGCGUGCCGACAUUGUCAAAAUGAAGAAUACCAUGGACAUGGCACCCGCCCAAGAGACCGAGGUAAACGUUUCAACGCUGAUGAAAAGCAUGCGGAUUCGGCUGCAGGCAGUUUUGGAAGAUGCCGAAUUCUCGUCCAUUGACGAAUUGCCCGAGUUGCCCGAAGAUCAUAGACUGAGAUUCCUUGUCGAGCAAGCUUUCGGAGUUGAGCCAGACUCUCAAGAAGCAAUGCAAGUGCUGAAACGUUGGUGUGGUAGUCCUGGCUUACGACAGCAUGCCCUCCUUGCGUUAUGUGGAGCAGCCAUUGCACGAUGGGUCUUUCAGCAACCUCAAGCAGAUCUCUUGUUCGAUAGGUACCAGAGCAUACGGACAAGAGGUUCGACAAAUCGUUACAGAGAAGCCAUCCAGAUCGUUGCGCACAACGACCCACCGCUUGCAAGAGCUGUCGACUUGACUGUUCACAAAACAGUAGCAGCUGAAGCCUCAUUUGAGCGUUUCAAAAAAAUGAAGGGAGAACGACUGGCAUGCAGGUUGCAAGACACUUUGGCGCCUUUGUGUCAGCUAGAUCGCAAGGCUGCGGAUGGAUCUGAUUCCGACUCAGAGCUUGGCAAGUACACCGCGGGCCACUUGAGUGGUGUGUUCCACAGUGCAAUCGAUGUACACUGUCGAUUGAUCUUGACAGGUCGACAGUAUGAGUGUGUGUGGUUUGAGUGUUCGACGCCCUUCGAUCGAGAAAGCAUGACAACUAUCAGUGUUGGAAAGGGGGUCACACGUGCGUCUGAGUCGACCAUUCGGCUAACACUGUUCCCUGGUAUCAGCCAGAUAACAGCUACCAAGAUUGGUGUCGACUUUGGAGGCUUUACAGAGCGUCGACACAAGGCUCACGAGGAGGCUCUAUUCAAGUACCUUCGAAUAGCCGGCACGCGUGAGCAAGCCGAUAACUCUGUUCCCCUGGGCUGCGUCUUGAAUUCACAUCCCGGACUGUCAUGGGUCGCAGGAGUAAGCAUACGGAAGAGGAAGCCUCGCAGCUGCGCCGAGUCAUUAGAGACUGGAAGAUCGACUUUGACACUGCGACUACCCUGGACGAGUGGAAAGCCAGACGCUUGCCAUACGAACAUCUAUUCCAGCAAAUUCUGGAGAUCAAAACAGUUGCCUUCACCAGAUAUCCUCAAGAUACGCACUCAAACAAGGAGUGGGGUUUCCAGAAGAAGCUGCUUGUCAGAAGGCUGCAAGCAAACGCUGUUCGGUGCAAAAGAGAGAGGGACAAUGAGGCUGGUUGGAUCAAUAACGUUGCGAGCCUCGUGUUCGAGAGCUUUAGCGGCUUCGAAUUCAAGUGCCAAAUAUGUGACGAAUUUUUAUGGCUGCCAGACUUUGUUGCUCACCCGAGGGAUGCCGUCGCAUCUCAGCGGCUCUCCGAGAAAUACAGAACACGGAGGAUCUGUCACUGCAGCAUGGCUAGAAGGGCGGUUGGCGUACGGUGAGUUUGCCGCAUAUGAACAUGCGCUCGCAUCUGACGCAGACAGAGUACGUCCAGGUUCGCCUUCCAUAUUCUCCAACAAGUCAGACGAACAGGUCAUGCAUGACGUUACGGGAACCGAGAAAGUCACGCUCGACCAGAAGUACAAACGACCUGAUCGGGUAUAUGGCCUAAGCCGGACCGGUUCAUUUGACUUGUUCGGGGAUCGCCUCGGAAAGUACAGCCCUUUCUUCGGAAAACAUACAAUUUUCCCGUUCAUGGUUGUGGAAGCCAAGUCAGACAAGUCUGAAGACGGAUUCCACGUUAUCGAGCAACAGACAGCGCUCAGCAUUCGGACCUGCUUGAAGAUCCAGACAAGCCUAGAGAUUGAGUCGAAUCGGAAUCUUGAUCCUCUCGUCUGGUUCUUCGGCUUCAGGGGCGAUGUAUGGAGAUUGUACAUCGCAUUGCCAGUCAAUGACAGAACGAAAAUCAUCGAUUGCUGGCACGGACGCAUGUCCAGUGCGGACGAGGCAUUGCAACUGUUACUUAUAGUCGAUUGGAUUUGCUUCUGGGCCAAGGAUGUGCACCGAAAGGGUAUACUGAAAUGCCUCUCUGGACUGGAAGCAAGAGAGAUCACACCGGCAUCCACGGUAUUUUCUUCUCAAGGAGAUCUCAACGACAGAAUUCCUCCUACCAGGUCGACAUCUCUUGUUUUUAGAUCGUCGAGGCCGCCUAUAUCCCGCUUAGAGAAUGACGAGCAACAUGUCGGAGAUGGAGCUCUGGUAAAUGCGAAUGUUUCUCAGAGCGAGCUCAUGCAGCGUGGUCUCGGGGAAUCCCAAUCACGACUCCAGGGCGGUGAUGAUGCGUUCUCUGCAGUCCGCAAUGCUCGUGAAGUAGUCAAUGAGUGGAACCACUUCGCGCUUCCCGAGGAUGAGGAGUCCAUGCUGGAAUGUCUUGCAGCCAUUUGCAUUCGCGGAAAUGUCCAAGAAACGGCUAAACUGCUCUGGGAGACGCUCACUGAUAAUAGCCAUACUGUAAAGAUGAGCCUCAGGAAGCAUGAAGUCACAGAAUCGGCCUCGGAAGAGCCUAUGGCAGUGUUCCUCGCCUGCCAAAGCCGGUUGAGUGAGCUUAGCUGGCAAGUGAAGUGCACGUACUGGUGCGUUACUAGUACCCAAGCGGCGGCCCACAUUCUGGCAGCUGUAGCUGAUAUAACGGGUGCUGAAGUGUUCUCGCUGAACUUCUGGUCGGCACAUGAUUGCGAUUGUCUGGGAUCUGCGAUCGCAGGGUUCCAGAGGUUAGGUGGCAGAGCAAUAGCGGCGGCGGCUAUCUCACAGGACAUUUUUUGCAUACAUACUACGCAUUCAGGAGCCAAUACAGGCCAUUCGGAAUGGCUCAAGAGCGACAGGCAGAUCCUCCAACCUAGAGUGGCCAUGCUUUGGGUUCUCUUCGGGCAGAUUGGAAACAUGCAACAGAAGGAGAUGCCCGCUAUCGCCGUUCCAAGGUCCGGUGAGGGUUAUCUACCUCCAAGUCGACUCUUCGAAACUGACAGCUUGAACGGCGUGCCUGGAGUCAUCUUGAAGAAGCCAGAAUCGUGGCGGGGUACUUGUCCUGUUUGGUGCUAUCUCUCUUUUGAGCUCGGGGGACAUGAUAGCGUUGGCCAGCAAAUAGCUCUUGCCCUUCAGCAGAGGGCCAUUUACGCGGCCUCCGGUCUGAGUUCCGAAGAUGAGCGAUCAAUCGAGCAGUGGGCCUUGUCGACAAUGGAUAUCAUGCAGUCCAUUGAUGCUUCGGGUCUUGAGGCUUGA